AUUCAGCUUCUGACUGGAGAGGAGGGGGAGUAUAUAGAGGAACACAGGGGUAUCUACGAGAAUGUGAUGAUGGAGAAUCACCGGAUGGACCCAGUAACAGAGAUACCCCAGAGAGAUGUCCCCGUCCUCUGUAUUCCCAGGACUGUACAGAGGAGAAUCACAGGAUCCCACAGGAGGAUCAGGACACUUGUAGCUGGAUAUGGAAAUACAUCUUACCAGCUGGGAUUUCUGGGCGGCAAUUGCUUCUAGCCUGUGAUUCUUCUCUGAUGGGAAUCCAGACCACUGUUGCUGCCAGUUGCAAGCUUCCCCCGGAAUGUUACUUUCCUCUACUGAAGGAGUAUGCAGCAGAUGGAUGCAGAAGCAUGAAGACCUCGGAGGGAGAUCUCGCAUUGUCUAUAGGUUUUAAAAUAGAAGAUAUCAUCAUCCAAGAUUCUCAAGGGGAAAACCCCAGUACUCUAAAUAUACAUACAGUAUCUCCCAGUGCUGAUAUAUUAUCUGAUUCCACAGAUCAUGGGGAAUGUUCUCCAGAUACCGCAGAUGCUUCUUCACACAAUACAGCUCAGAUAGUUGAUAUAAACUUUGCAUGUUCUGAGUGUGGGAAAUGUUUUACUCAAAAAUCAAAUCUUGUAAGACAACAGAAAAGUCACACAGUUAAGAGGCCAUUUCCAUGCUCUGAGUGUGGGAAAUGUUUCACAUGUAAAUCGAACCUUGUUACACAUCACAGAAGUCACACAGGUCCCUGGUUACACCUCUUGGAGCAUCAGUCACCCCGAGCGUGUCAUGCUGUAGACUUUAACUGUAUGAGGACACAAAAGUAGGUUUACAGAAAUUCUCGAAAUAUUUCAACCUGUUUUCUAUAAAUGUAACUUUCUUCUUUGGGUUCCAAUGGGCUCACAGGGAUAACAGUGGGUUAUAGGUGAUAGAAUCAUCUCCUGGGCACCAUACAGUUAAGUCUUAAGUUAUCCCAGGAUGCUCCCUAUAACCCCGCCCUCUACAGAGGCUUGUCUGUUUUUUGUAUGGCGCAGCAGGAAGCUGGAUGCACCUUUUUUACGGUGGGCUGCUCUUGCCCCAAGUAUUUUUAUUUAUUUUUUCAAUUUUUACGCUGAGCCUGUCACUGCUGGAAGUCUCAUAGACUCCUGCAUACAGCCUCCUACACUCCCUGCCGGAGCCGAAACUCCCGCUUGGCUACUGCCUUAGAUGGAAACUUGCGGCGGGGCCCACAACAGGUGACUAGCACCGCUGCUGCUGGCUACCUCCAGACUGCGUGGCCGGCCAUUGGGGAGCAGGUAAGAGGCCUUUGUCUCAGAUCUCUCACCUGCUCAGCGUUCUUUGGUUGUGGUUCGUACUCUCCGUAUCUAUGUUGACCUAACCAGUUCCCUAAGGAAAUCGGAUUCCCUCAUUCUUUAUGGUUUUCACAAACGUGGUUGGCCAGCUAACAGACUCUGGCCAGAUGGAUUAGAAUGGCAAUAGCACAAACAUAUUCUCAAGCUGGGCUUCCAUUCCCGACUUCUAUUUCUGCUCAUUCUACUCAAUCUGUUAUACCAUCAUGGGCGACGCGCAAAGGUGCAUCCGCUGAACAAUUCUGUAAAGCGGCAAUGUGGUCUUCAAUCCACUCUUUUCGUACAUUCUAUGCCUUUGAAACAUUUGCCUCCCAGGAUGCUUCAUUUGGACGCCGCAUACUCUUAUCCACUCAGUCGCGUCCCCACCAUUGAAGUACUGCUUUAAAACAUCGCACUGUUAUCCCUGUGAAGCCCUAUGGAACCCGAAGAAGAAAAGGAGAGUUAUGGUAGACUUUCCUUUUUGUUAACUUUCUUCGAGGUCCAUAGGGUCCACAGGGCGCCUACCCUGACGCGCCUGGUCUAUAUGGGUUUGCGGCCUUGGUCACUGGGUCCCUUCUAUCUGUGAGAGCGUGUUCUUCUGUGUACCAUGUAUUCCUUCUCUCUGCUUCCUGCUUUGGGCUAGUUAACAAUACCUGCCUUUGCAAAGAGCGGGGUUAUAGGGAGAGAGACCGGAGCGUACUGGGAUAUCUAAAGACUUAACUGUAUGGUGCCCAGGAGCUGAUCCUACCACCUAUAACCCACUGUUAUCCCUAAGGACCUCGAAGAAGAAGUUAACAAAGGUAUGUCUACCAUAACUGUCCUUUUUUUGUAUAUAAAUUUAUUUACAGUUUGUGUACUCAAAGGUAUGUUAAACCGCUUAGUUAUUGAGGGCAGGUGAAGCUUCAGCUAUGCAUAAUGUUAACAUACUAUUAUUUUAGUAUGCCAUCGUAGCAGAUCAGUCACGUGAAACUUGUUGCAGUUCCCUUAUUCUAUUAGAUAUCACCAUUGCUUUCUACAGUAAUGGCAAUAUCACCGUGUUGUACAGGGUACUAAUAUGUAGUUGGGCAGUCGGUUAGAGAUGUAAUGGUGGGUUGAUGACAGUUUGUAUAAUUAGUUCUGUAAUCUGUUACUAGUUAUAAGCAUUCUUAUGGAACACUGGUGUAUAGAGGCUCAGUUGAAAUAUGGGCACUAAAGUUUGUUCUACAAGUCUAAGGUGGAGAUGCAUCAAGCCUUGGAAGUGGAGAAAUGUUGGGGACCCAGAGUGGGCUACUGAGGACUUAAUGCUUUUGGUUUCUUCUACUGCCACCUGCUUUCACUUAAGGACUAUUUCUGGGAAGAACCUGAUCACUGCAGGUAGUAAUCAGGAUCUCUGUGCCACUAGCACCGUGUGCGUUGGAACUGGUACCACACAACGCGCUGAAGCCAUGGCAGUGAGUUAUGUGUCUCUUGAAGCAGGUCUUCGUCACAGCUUGAAUUGGGACCUGUACCGGAGUGGAAGGUGCACUAACCUCUGGUAGGCUGAGGGAGAUGACGUUUUUGCUUCUAAAGAUGCUAGUCUGGAUUUUUGGUGGUAUGCGUUACAACCUCUGAGAUGGCCAGUGCACAGUUCUGUGUGAAUGCAAGAUAAUUGCUGUAAAUGUAAGAUGGAUCUUCUAUUUAUAGGUAACGAAGUGGAUGCCACCAUUAGUUGGGAUGAAAUAUCACCAAUGAGAAUGCAUCCAAUCAGUUCGCUAGGGACCAGUGACAUCCCUGAGGUUCUACACCAAUCAAUUCGCUUUGUUCUUAAAAAAAUCCCUCUCAAAAUGGCUGCCUGCCCUGCGUAUGUCUGUGACAGUUGUGCUAUAAUUGUUGUGAUGCUGGAAUAUAUGUAACAUCCUGAACAUUAGAAUAUGUGUAGUCCUGUAGUUGCUGCUUGCUCUAUGGGCCUACUUCAGAUCUGAUCCCAGCAGCAAAUUUGUUAGCCAGUGGGCAAGACCAUGUGCACUGCAGGUGGGGCAGAUGUAACAUGUGCAGAGAGAGUUAGAUUUGGGUGGGGGCAGAGCCGGCCUUAGGCAUAGGCAAACUAGGCAAAUGCCUAGGGCAUUUGGUAUGCUUAGGGGCACCAGCAGCUUCUGCUGAUUAAAAUGA